UGCUGGCACCUUUCCACGACUCAAUGUGGAAACGCCAAUUGAUCCCGUCGAAGGUCAACAAGAUAAUUUUACAGUUUCUGGACCUCUUCCAACAGAUAUUGAAGCAAACGACCAACUUUAUAUGAUAUUUAUCGAUGACGAUAAUACAAACAAUGUACAUACCUUUUCAACACCUACCUGCGGAGAAAACGGCCUGCCCCGAUGUCCAAUUAAAGCUGGGACACAAUUUAGUGUAUUUAUUUCACUUGUAAUCCCACAAUUUCCCGAUGCCUAUGACAUCUACGCUGUAAUAGGGAAUCCACCUGAUGAAACUUUAGGUUGUGCAUAUGCCAAUCUUUGGCCUGAUCCUCCUAAUUAG